AUGCGUAUCAUUGGCGACGUUGGAUCAGAGAUUGAUCAGAAUCCAAAUUCGCGGGCUCUGGGGCAACGUCUCGAACUGUCUCUGGCUGUACGCGUUCUUCAUCUGAUUCCAAAGGUUCGUAUUCGGUUUCGCUGGAAUAGCUCGAAGAUGAUGACUCUUGGAGGAAUCGAUCAACAAACUCCGGUUCACUUUGGAGUUUGA